GUAAAAGUACUUUCUUGACAUUUAUCUCUCGCAAUGUUUGUAAUAAGGUUUUGUAGUAUUCAAAUUUAUAUAUCACUUUUUGAAAUUUAUUAAAUACUAUCUUCUUUCUUAUUUAGUUGAGCAACUGCUUGUAUCAGCAUUCACAACAUUCAUUACAUAUAUUGAAGAUAGUAUUCACUAAUUUACCAUUCGUUCAAUUCAUAAAUAGCAUUGGCUUAAGAUAGCAUGAAAUUAUUACAUAUAUUAUUUUCAGUAAUACUUCUUUUCACGACAGCAAUAACAGCUGCGGAUUCUCCAACUGUCGUGGAUAUCCUUGAAGAUUGGUCAGACGAAAAUCAAUAUGAAGAUAGAUUAGAACAGAUCAUCAGUGAUUUUGUAGCUAAAAAUCUGAAUAUUUUUGUAAAAAGAGCAGAUGAGUCUACAGUUGAUUCUAUCACCAAUAUAUUACAAAUUGUUAACAAUUCAGGAAUAGUUUUGGACAUUUUGAAUGAAGUGGCUAGCAAUCCUAACUCUAGUCUAGUGAUUUCCAAUUUCAUUAUUCAACUUUUAAAGAGUAGUCGUGGAGUAAUUGAAGGAUUUAACGUUACGGUCAAUUUCUCAGCUAUUUUAAGUGCUGUGAAAGCUUCUGGUAUAAUCGAAUCAGUAGCUGGUGGACUUCUUGUUAAUGAUAAGAAUAGAGAAACAUUAGGAAAUGUUUUAGGACCGGGUCUUUCUAACUCACCAUGGCUAGGUUUUCUCUUACUUGGCUUAGGAAAUGGACAUGAUUUGACUGUUGACUACAUUGCUGAUUUAAUUAAAACUACUCCAAACAAGCGACUUAAUGCAUCGGCAACUACAGAUUCUAAAUCCGUCGCAUAUGGGUUCCAUAAGCGGGAUGAUUCCAAUUCAACUGACGAAUAUUCAGGUUCAUUACAAGAUUUCCUUAAUAAUGUAGCAUCACAAGUAUUGAAUUCAGAGCUUUUGGGUAGCUCUUUAGAAGAUAUUCUUAUAGCAGUUAAUCAAUCAGGCAUUGUUGUUCCUUUAGUAUUAGAAAUAUUACAGAGUCCUUCCAUCAGUAAAAUGAGUCUUGGUCUCGUCAAAAAUCUAUACUCAUCUGGAGUCUUAGAAAACGUCAAUAUUAACUACUACUACCGCUUAGCUCAAAAAUCCAAUAUGUUAUCUGAAGGGUUAGAAUACAUUGUUUCUGAUCCAACUUGGUCUCCACCUAUAGGUAAGCUCCUCUUACAACUUGAAUUAAGUGGCGUUUACCAAAACUUGCAAGAUGCAAUGUAUGGGCCCCAUCAUUAAAGUUAAUCUCUAUUUUCUUCACUGUUUUAUACCAAAUUUUUACGCUUCUGUAUACUUUUUUAUUUAAUAAUUACAUUUUGAAUUACAA